UGCAGUCGGGGUGAGCAAGUCUCGAGUUCUUUCAACAUUCAAGAUCUACGAGAGCUACAUACACUGCACCUUCCUCACUGAGCUACUCCUCUCAGCAAGAUCUUGUCACUCUUUAUGGCAAGCAUCAACCCUCACGACGACCGAGCACGCCCUCUGAUUCCUGGGCUUGUGCGCUCCGUUUUGCGUCUCAUGUGCAUGCUACAGUAGACAGGUGACUGCUCGCGCAGAAUGUCGCACUUCGUGUCGCACAACACGUCCGACUUCGACGCACUGAACCAGCAGCUGCUUCAACGACAAUCCAACGUCGAGGGGCACCAAGAUGAUGGGGAGGAUACGGACGCGCUGACAGCCGAGCAUGCGUCCUACGCUUCCCGCAGACCUGCGAGCGUGCACGAUGCCUCUCAAGAUGGAGAGGAUGCGGACGUGGAUGAAUCUUUGUCCAUCACCCCGACGGCGUCCACCUUUGGUGGUACAGUCGGCACGCCGUUUGGAGAUCGCAGUCAGGCGGAAGCAGGCUCCACCAACAGCCCUGAUCGGCUGGGCUUGGUCUCGCCCCGCACGCCUCUUGUUGCGCAGAUGGACAAUGGUCGCAGCGCACCAUCCGCUUCAUCGAUGCAAAGCAGAUCUACCUCGGCAUACAGCAGCAGAAAAAAUAGCCCCGAACCAGACCAGGUUCGACUACCUACCUCGCCAAGAUCGCGUCCCAGCGCCGCAGGUUUGGCCCCACCUGGCACACCUACUUCGACGGUGAGACCCUCCAGCGUCGCCUCCACGCCUGCGCGAGAGAGCAAAGGCAAGGAGGGUGGCAAGUCACGCAGCAAGGGUAGAGAUAGGAAGCUUUCCGAUCCUGACGAGCCAAUAAGGCCAGCUGAGCAAUUCUCUUCCCAUCGGCAUUCCACGGACUCGGGCGCGAGUGGGGACGAGUCGGAAGCAGGAGCGCACAGUUCUUCGGGUGGCAAAGGGUUGCGUUCACGCCUCAAGCGAGGCUCGAGCGCCGCCGCAGGGUCCCUCAAAGGCGUCUCAUUCUCAGAUACGAGAGCCGGUCCAGGCGAACAGCCCGCGUUUGGCAGGUCCGACUCGAACAGCUCAUCGCGGACCAGAGCGAGAGAGGCGAUGCGCGAUGCGAGCGGAUUGGAAGAGCUCGGCAGGCACAUGCUCGGGCAUCAUCAGCAUCAUCAUCGCAGCGCCGGAAUGAUCAGCUCCUCGGAGAUGCCACCGCGUAAGCUGGGGACCUGGGACGGUGUCUUCAUGCCGGUCAGCUUGAAUAUUCUCGGCAUCAUCCUCUUCCUCCGCUUUGGAUUCAUUCUUGGCCAAGCUGGUCUCUUGGGAGCUUUGCUUCUUCUUUUCGUAUCCUAUGCAGUAGAUGCGCUCACAGCGAUGUCUGUCUCAGCGAUCAGCACCAAUGGACAAGUGCGGGGUGGAGGCGCCUACUAUCUGAUCUCGCGGUCGCUCGGCCCUGAGUUUGGAGGAUCUAUCGGCUUAGUGUUCUUCCUCGGACAAGCUCUCAAUGCUGCCAUGAACGUCUUGGGUUUCGUCGAGUCCCUAACAGAUGCUUUUGGCGAAUCGAGAGGUAGCGGAGGUUUCCUGCCAGAGGGGCCGUGGUUCAACUUCUUCUAUGGUAGCUUGGUGCUGGUACUUAGCACGCUGGUGUGCUUGACCGGCUCAGCGCUUUUCGCGAGAGCGACGCUAGCGCUUGCUAUCGUGCUCGGGGUAUCCAUUCUCAGCAUUCCUGUCUCCAGCUUCGCCGUAGCUCCCUUCUCGGACCCAGAACGUGGAGCUUACUACACGGGCUGGUCCCUUGCCACACUUCAAGGUAAUCUUCUCCCGCGAUUCACAACGGGUGCUGCAGGAAGUAGCACAGGAUCUGAAAAGGAAAGCUGGCAAACCGUCUUUGGCGUCUUGUUUCCAGCUGUCACCGGUCUCCUAGCUGGAGCCAGCAUGAGUGGCGACCUCAGAAAACCGAGCAAAAGCAUACCCAAGGGCACCAACUGGUCCCUCGUCUUCACAUUCAUAGUCUACGUUCUCUGCUUUGUCGUGUUUGCGAGCACGAUCGAGCGAGAAUCCUUCUACUUGGACGUGGGCAUCGUUUCGGAUGUCGCGCUGAGUCCACAGAUCAUCACCUUUGGUGCGCUAGCUUCCACAGCGUUCUCGGCUCUGAUGGGCGUGAUGGCUUGCGCCAAGGUUCUGCAGGCUAUAGCUAGAGACAAUCUUCUGCCAAUACUCGACGACUUUGCUCAAGGCACAGAGCUGAGCGAUACGCCAACGUAUGCGGUCUUUGCGACGUACGUGCUUUGCCAAGCCGUGCUCUUUGUGGAUUCGGUCAACACCAUUGCUCAGCUCGUCACCAUGACGUCACUGCUCACCUUUGGGGUUCUGAGCUUCGCCACUCUUGCCCUCAAGGCGGGAGGCGCUCCAUCUUUCAGACCGUCUUUCCGGUACUGGAACAUCUGGACUGCAGGUGGCGGCACUAUUGCUUGCAUUGGGGCGAUGUACUUCACUGAUCCGCUUGCGGCGAGCGCUUGCAUCGUCUUCUCGGUGUUCCUCUUCGCCGCCAUCCACAUCUGCUGUCCUCCCAAGCCAUGGGGCGAUGUUACGAGAAACCUGAAUUACCACAUCGUCCGAAAAUAUCUUCUUCGGCUUGAUGAGCGCAAGGGGCACGUCAAAUACUGGCGUCCGCAAAUACUGCUACUGGUCAACAACGCCCGCACGGACUGGAACUUGAUCAUCUUUUGCAAUUCUCUCAAGAAGGGCGCGUUAUAUGUCUUGGGCCACGUGCUCAAGGGCGAGUUUCAAGAGUGCUUAGGCGAGCUGCGUAAGCAGCAGGUCGCAUGGCUGAAGCUGGUAGAUGUUUCUGGCAUCAAAUCUUUCGUGGACGUCAUCAUUGCUCGGGACGAGCGCGAAGGCGCUCGCAAUCUGGUCCUCUCUUGCGGGCUAGGAGGGAUGAGGCCCAACGUGGUCGUCAUGGGCUUUCCGUCAGACAUGCGGUCCUCGCGAAACAGGAAACAAAGCCUCACUCCGAGUCAUCGCAGCGACGGCUCCGAGAUCACUAUCAAGCCCGGUAACCACGAGCCGCGCAACACCGGACCCCACAGCGUGAUCGAGGUGCGAUCGCUGCCUACCGACAUAGCUCGACGAGAGACGCCCAUUCUGCCUACUACAUUCGUCGGCAUCAUGGAAGAUACUUUGGCAUUGAACAAGGCGCUUGCCGUCGCUUAUGGUUUCGAGUCGCUGUCCCUCUCAGCACCACCUAGCCGUGCUAGUCCAGCAUCUGAGAACCCAAAGGACAAGCAAGAGCCACAGUACAUCGAUCUUUGGCCAAUCCAAAUUCAAAGUCCUGACCAAGAUCCAAGUCAUGCUUGGGACACCUAUACCAUGGUGCUUCAGCUUGGGACCAUCCUCAGCAUGACUGGAACAUGGAAGUCACAUCAACUCCGCGUCUCUGUCUUUGUCGAGCAGGAAGCUGAUGUUGAGAAUGAAAGACGCCGUGUGCGAUCUCUGUUGGACAAUUUGCGCGUGCCUGCCACCCUUCGCGUCUUUCACCUGGCUUCAGGAAACAUCACAAGCUAUCAAGCCAUUGUGUGGGGAAAGGGCGCUACUUCACCUUGGAUCGAGAUGACAUUGGGCGGCGAUCCUUGGUGGGAGGCACUGAAACAGCUUCGAAGGGAAGACGAACGGCGAAGGAAGGAAGCUACGGAGCGCCGCGCAAAACCUUCUGCACAGCCUGUGCCGGGAAGCGCGACACCCAAUCCAAACAGCGAGGCGGCGCGAAAACAGUCAAAGCGCGAGCAAAAGAUUAUGGGCGUCAGUCUACCAGCAGAGCAUCUCGCAUAUUUCAAAAGAAACAUCCGCAUUGGCCUUGCUCAUCCGCGGGUGAAGGAGAGGCUAGGUACCGAGAGCGAUGCUGAGAGCACAGAAUGGAGCGAUAGCGAUAGUGACAGCGAUUUGAGCGACGAGCUUGCUCGACUCGGUUUUGAAGAUGGCUGGGAUGCGGGUGAUUCAUCAGGCCUCGGUCUCAAGCGAUCAAAGACCUACUCUUCUUCGCCCGGCCGAAGAGGAGGAGGCCGAUCCCACACUCGUCGCAAUUCGCUAGGCAACCCAGCAGGAUUGCCAGAUGAGCCUCGUCGCCGGCCGCUGCUCCACUCACGCGAACAAAGCAAUGAGAGCACCUAUGGAUCCCUGAGCAGCACUCCUCGCGCAUCCGCGCUGAUGAAUCGGCCGAGCGCAAAUAAUGUCGCUUUCCCGUCAGGACCCACUAGCUCGAUGCAACGCACCACAAUAGCAGAACAGCCCGAGUCGGAUCAGGAGGGUACUUUGAAAGCGUCGGACCGAAUGAGAGCUCAGGCCCAGCUCCUCGCUACUUUACCUCCCGAUCAACCGUCGUUGUCAAGCAGCGGCGCAGAGUCGAGCAGCGAGACGGAGGAGGAUGAUUCGCGAAGGCCUUUCCAUGUGCGGAGCCGCUCAGAAGAAGGCCCGAACGCUACCAGCGGACGCAGGAAAGCGAAGAAGCAUCGACAGCCGGGACCAGUCAGUGCCACUGCGGUCGCUGCAGUGCCCCUCGUGUCCUUCAACGGGCUGCCCAACAAAGCGCAAUAUUUGAUUCUGAACGAGCUCAUUCGGGUUAAUUCAUCUCCUUCAACAUCAGUCAUCCUUACAGCUUUGCCAGCCCCAGAGCCUGGCACGUCCAGCGAUACUGCACGCUCGCUUCGGUACUUGGAGCAGCUGGAAAGCUUGUACUCCGGUGGUCCACCCAUGCUUGGUGUUCAUGCCAAGCAGCUCACCAUGACCUCGGCUCUGUGAGCGCGCCUCGUCUAGUCACUUGUCACGCCUCUUUGCAAUCUAGAAUCUUGAAUCACAACGUC